UAAUAUAGUUCUCUCUCAGAAACAUACCAACCAGGAAGACGAACAGAGUAUUCGCUCUCUGUUUUUCAUCGUUCGGUGUCUGACUCUGAUCUUCUUGCUUCAUGUUCAUGGAGAAGCGCGAGUGCAAGCUUUGCUCCAAAACCUUCGCUAAUGGCAGAGCUCUGGGAGGUCACAUGAGGUCUCACAUGAAGAAGCUUUCGCUACCUUCCAAGCCACAGGAAUCCCGAUCGCCUUCUCCCACUUUACUGAGUUUCGCGGCCGACUCGCCUUCUUCUUCUUCUUCAUCUGAAGAUGAAGGAGACAACGGUCUGAGUUAUGUCUUCAGAGGGAAACCGAAGAGGAGCAUUCGCAUCGUAGAUCCUGAGUUUUCGUUUGUUGUGGAUCCUAACGGCUCUGUGAUUCAAGACAGAGAGAGCGAGACGGAGACCGAGUCAUCCAAGAAGCCAAGUCGGAAACGAUCCAAACGAGCUUGGAAACUCGGUAGUUCCGAUGAUGAUGACGAUGAUGAUGAUCACUACUGUCACAAGAAAAUUCAGCAACAAGAAACAGUGGGAAAAGUCAAAUCGAACGAACUGUGUAAGACCGAGUCGUGGAUUCCGGAGCCUGAACCGGCGAGUUCGAUCUCCGAUACGACCACCGAAGAAGACAUCGCGUACUGCCUUAUGAUGCUUUCUAGGGACAAAUGGAAGAGACAAAAGGAUCUGAAAGACCAAUACGACAUCGCGGAGGAAGACGAGGACAAGGACGAAGACGAAGACGCGGAAGAAGACGAAGGCGAUGAAUCCGAGGGGGCUUUGAAAGCGUUGAAAUCCAGAACUCGCGGUAAGUACACGUGCGAGACGUGCAAGAAGGUGUUUCGAUCUUAUCAAGCACUUGGUGGUCACAGAGCGAGUCACAAGAAGAUCAAAGUGGAGCCCGAGAAUCAUAACAAUAAUGAAGGCACUUCAUCUUCUUCAAUGUUGGAUAAGAAAAUUCACGAAUGCCCUAUCUGUUUCAGAGUUUUCUCUUCAGGUCAAGCUCUUGGGGGACACAAGAGGACCCAUCUUACUGGGUCGUCGUCGACAUUACCGACUCAAACUUCCACUAAGCCGGUCGAAAAUUUCAUAGAUCUUAACCUUCCUGCUCCGACGGACGAAGACGACAUCAGCCAAAUCGACAAUUCUGGAGUUUCAGAUGCUGAAUUCGUCAUUGAUCGCAUCAGACAGUGAAGAAAUUCUGGUGCUUUAGCACCUAGAUUACUUCAAUUCAAAGGUAACUAAAAGAGAACAAAGUUUUGGUCAAAUUUUCUGUAUAAUUUUAUAUAACUUAUAUGCUUAAUUAGUCUUUAAUUCUUUCCUUUUGGAAUUCUAACUUGUAAUUCAGUUCUCCUGAAUUAUGAUGCUUUGCUUCUGUAACAAGUGACUUUAAUUAGCAUCCAUUAAUGGAGGAACCCAACUAUUGUGUUUAGGGUUGUUA